AUGGUGGCCUUUUCGGAAAUGUUUCACAGGCUUAACCCCUGGUCGAAAGACACCAAUCCAAUCUCCACCACCACCGCCUCCCUCCUCCUCGUUUCCUACGCCCUCUCCUACUUCCUCCCCUUCUACUUCUCCCCGCUCACCCGCCCCUCCCCCACUUUUUCGAGAGACAACCCCUCGGUAAUCCGGGCGCGGAUCCGCUCCGUCUGCAUCUCCUGCUUCUUCUGCUGCCUAUCCACCUUCUUCAUCCUCCUCUACGUAGCCAACCUCUCCGUGUCGGAUGCUCUUCACUACCUGGGUUUCUGGCCCUUAGGCCUGGUCGAGUCGGCGAGGGCGCUGGGCCUGACGGCACUGUUAUUCGCCGGCCCGCUCUUUUUGUACCUGGUGGUUGACGACGGAUGGAAGGAUUGGGCCAAAGGGGAACCGGUGAAGGAGGUUUGGGGUGAUAUGUUGAGUUGGAGGAACAUUGUUGCUGGUCCCCUAACAGAAGAACUCCUCUUCCGCACCUCCUCCGUCCCCUUAUUCCUGCUAUCCCCGCUCCCCGUCUCCCGCACCAUCUUCUACUCGCCCGUCAUCUUCGGCCUCGCGCACGUCCACCACUUCUACGAGUUCCGGCUGCAGAACCCGCGCGUCCCCGUUUUCGCCGCGCUCCUGCGGUCCAUCUUCCAGUUCAGCUUCACCACCCUUUUUGGUGCCUACGCGACCUUCAUCUUCAUCCGCACCGGCAGCCUGCUGGCCGUGUUUGCCGUGCAUGCGUUUUGUAACGGCAUGGGCUUGCCCAAGGUCUGGGGACGGGUGGAGAGACUGGAUGGGAAGGGACCGGACGUCUUGUGGACGGUGGCGUAUUAUGUUCUGUUGGCGGGAGGCGCGGUUGGGUUUUGGAAGGAGUUGUGGACGUUGACUGAGGGGGGCAAUGGGUUGGUGCCUACAAGUGCGUUUGGGAGGUGA